GCUCCUUUCCAAACUUUAGCUCUCUUCAACAAGAUAGGAGUUAUGGCAGCUUGCCAGUCCUAUCUUUUUAGCUACAGUGUCUGGUGUUCGAGGCCAAGAAGAGUAGACAACUCGUGUAAGAUGGUUAUGGAUCAUGUCAAAAUUAAUGGCACUACGAGCAUACCAGCAAGUUGUUCAUCUGUGACUGGGAGUGAAAAUGGCCGCAUUAGUGUGGAGCAGCUGCGCCAGAAUAUCCCAACCACGAAGCAACUUCGUGAUCCUUACCGUCAGGCAGUCAUGAUUGAAGAGGAUGUCGGGUACAGACAGAAGGUUGUUAUUCGUUCGUAUGAGGUCGGGCCUGACAAAACUGCAACAAUAGGAAGCAUACUUAAUCUGCUCCAGGAAACAGCGCUUAAUCAUGUGUGGAUGUCAGGACUUCUUGGAGAUGGAUUUGGUGCUACACAUGGAAUGACAAGAAAUGAUCUCAUAUGGGUUGUCUCAAGAAUGCAUCUGCAAAUAGACCAUUAUCCAAUAUGGGGAGAGGUCCUGGAACUAGACACCUGGGUUGGGGCAUCAGGUAAAAAUGGGAUGAGACGUGACUGGCAGCUCAGAUCUCACAACACUGGCAUCGUUUAUGCACGUGCAACAAGUACAUGGGUAAUGAUGAACCAAAAAACCAGGCGCCUCUCAAAAAUGCCAGACGAGGUGAGGGCUGAAAUAGGCCCGUGGUUUAUUGAGAAGCGAGCAUUUGAAGAAGAUGUACCAGAAAAGAUUGAGAAACUAGAUGACAGUGCCAAAUAUGUUACCUCAAACUUGAAGGCCAAGAGGGGAGACUUAGACAUGAACCACCAUGUAAACAACGUCAAGUAUGUAGGGUGGAUGCUCGAGACAAUCCCGGAGAAGUUUAUGGAGGAGAACCAGUUGACUAGCAUUAUUCUAGAGUACAGAAGAGAAUGCGGCAAUUCAGAUGUAGUUCAAUCCCUAGCUGAUCCUGAUGAAGUUGGAAUUUUCAAUGGGGUUCAUCAAACUUGUAAUGACAGUCCAAUAAAUGGAUACUCACUACCUUCAGAAAUUCUAAGAGGAAAUGGACUCCUUAAUUCCAUAGAAGGAAGGGAACUAAGGUAUACACAUCUUCUCCAAACGAAAGGAGAGCAUAAAAGUGAAGAGAUCGUUAGGGGAAGGACAAUAUGGAAGAAAAAGCUUUACAAAAAGCCAUUUCCGCCCUAAAGAAUCGUGAUUAACUUGAGGAAUUCAGCCUGCUCAUCCAAAAUUACCCGGACGGAUUUGAGGAUAUCGUUUCUCAAGUAUUCAGAAUACAGAAAACAACAAGAAGAUACUUAAAUUAAGAAAGCAAAUUAUGAUUCAAAUAACCAAACCUGUGCCAAGGUUCAUCUAAUAUUUGGUCCCCUGCAUAAAAUAUGAGAUGAUGGAUAUUAAUGGUUGUGUGUAAUAAAGAGAUUCCAGAGAUUGUUUAGGACCCUUAAAAAACAUUGGUUUAUACAAAUAUCCUAUAUUCAUACAUAUAUACAAGGCAACAAGACGAUGCAGACAAAUUAAAAACACAAAAUUGAAUGUCAUGUUCAGCUGCAAGGCAUAAUCAAUUAAAAGAAUGAAAGAUCGCAAAUUCAGUAUU